UUCGCGUGUUACGGUAUAGGGUCACACUGCUGUUGUGUAAAGCUGGACCCAACUUUUUUAUUUUUAAAAUUUAUAAAUUUGGGUAUACGCAUUUAGGAUUUGUAAAUAUCUAGCUGUACAAUUGCUUUAAGUGAACAUGCUGAACAUUUUGCGACAGCGUCGCCUGCUCCGCUGCCCGGCGCACACCGCCCAGCGCAGUCUGUUGCACACCUCACCUUGCCGGCCGGGCUACAUCGUGCUUGUACCCGAAAUCGGUGAGGAGGGGCCCUUGGGCGAGGGCGUGCUGAAGCCGGAUGGGCUGCCUGCAUUCAGUGACAUAACCAUCGAGAUGUGCUUGGGGGCCAUCGGACAGCAGGCAUCGGCCGUGGAGAAGUCGGUGAAGGCUCUGGAGCAGGACAUCAAGAGUGGCAAGCGGAUGGACAGUGCGGCUAUCUUUGGGGAGAUCGAUGCCGUCACCGGACCACUGGAGACCACCUGGGGCGUGGCCAAGGCGCUCUACUUGGGCAACAGUACGCUGAUACCCACAAAGUCGUACAUGAACAUACACGAACGAGCGCGCAACGCACGCGCCGCCAAGUACUGCAACAAGACUGUCUACAAUGCGCUGCUACAGCAGGAUGAAGGGGCCGACGCUGGGCCGAGUGAGCAGCGAAUGCGACAGAAGUACUUGCUGGAGGGCAAGCUGAAUGGCCUGAUGCUGAGCAAGGACUCCCAGGACGGGCUCAAGGAGCUGCUGACACAGUUGGGUCGCGAGCGAGCCAGCUUCAAGAACAAGGUCACCAUGGCCGUGCACUCGUUUGGGCAUGCGGUGAGCGAUUUUCAGCUGGUGCGUGAUUUUCCACCCGCACUACUGGAGGCAACGGCACGGGAUUCCAACCAGCCGCUGGAGGGUCCCUGGAAGGUGACGCUGCAGCCGCAGAUAGUCGAGGGCUUCCUCAAGUACUGUCCGGAGCGUCUGCAGCGCUGGAACGUGUGGCGUGCCAAUGUAUUGAAGGCAUCGGCGCAUCAGGACAAGGCUCUGGAGAACAGCACGCACUUGGAGAAGAUCCGAGGACUGCGCCACCGACAGGCCAACCUCCUCGACUACACCACCUACGCGGACAUGUCCAUGCAGACCAAAAUGGUCGGCAGUGUCGACAAUCUGAAGCAGAUCUUUGCCAAGCUACUGAAAUUUGCGGGUCCCGCCCAAAGCGUUGAGCUGGAGAAGCUGCAACAAUUUGCCAAGGACAGCGGCUGCGAUUACAAGCUGGAUGCCUACGAUGUGAGCUACUGGAGGCGUAAGCAGCUGGCGGCCGAGCACAAUCUGCUGGAGGACAAGCUGAGCGAGUUCUUCCCACUGCCGCGCGUGAUUUCGGGCCUCUUUUCGCUCAGCGAGAAACUGUUCAACAUACGCAUUGUGGAGCAGCCCAAGGCCGAGGUGUGGCAUCCGGCCGUCAAGUUCUUCGAUGUGUUCGACGGGGAUGUGAGCAACGGCUCGGCGCCCGUGGGUGGCUUCUAUGUGGACUGCUUCUCCAAGGAGCACCGCUUUGGUCGGAACAAUGGCUGGAUGGUGGGCAUACGGAACAGCAACAAGUCGGCGGGUCUCACGCCCCUCUGCGCUCUGAUCUUCAACUUUGCCGAUCCGGCGCAGGGCAUGGUUCCGCUCCUCAGCUACGAUGACCUGCAGAUGAUGUUCAAGACCUUUGGCAGUGGACUGCAGCAUCUGCUGACUCAAGCUGGCUACAGCGACCUGGCCGGUCUCUCCAACAUCGAGUGGGACGCGUCGCAGGUGUCGGGCUAUGUGAUGAGCAACUUCCUUGACGAUCCCACCGUGUUGCGCAGCCUCUCCGGCCACUAUGCCAGCGACGAGCCCAUCGACGCUGCCCUGUCCGAGAAGAUGCCGCUGCUGAAGACGCAGCUGGCCGGUUAUCAGCUCUGCCAGGAGCUAUAUCUCGCCGAUCUCGAUGUGGAGCUGCAUCGCUCGAAUGCCUUCUGGCUGGAUAUCGUGCGCAAGCUGUGGCCCGUCUAUCAAUGCAUGCCGCUGGACAAGAAGGACGCCCAUCCCUGCUCCAUGACUGACAUAUUCUCCGGCGACUGGGCAGCCGCCCAAUUCAGUCAUUUGUAUUCCAAGAUGAUAGCCGCCGACAUCUCGAGCAGCUUUGCGGCGCAACGCAGCGACGAGAACUAUGCGGCCGUGGGCAAGCGAUAUAAGCAGACGUUCCUCUGUUCCGGCGGCUCAGUGCCCACCGCCGAGGUAUUCCGCCGCUUUCAGGGCCGCGAUCCAUCGGUGGAGGCCCUGCUCAAGUCCCUGCAUAUAUUUUCUCCAUCGCAGACGACCGAAAAUAAUUGAUGAGGCAAUGCAGGGCAGGGCAGGGCAGGGUAGGGCAAGGCAAGGCGAGUGACCCGCGGGAGCAGAAAUGUUGUUAUCUUCUGUGUAGUUUAGUUUUUAGUUGAUAACACUUUGACACCGCCUAAUCGAUGGAUAAAGUGAUAAUGAGUCAGUCGCCAGGGCAGGGCAGGUGCAGGUGCAGCUGCUGCCUGUGGGUGGGCCUUAUCGAACAGUUGGCCAGGUGUCUUUUUCUGCGAGUUGAACAACACACAACACACACAAUUGUUGCUUUAUUUAAAUAAUACUUUAAUAAUAAAUUG